CCUUUAUCCUGACAGUCUGUCACGCUCUGCGAGCAGUCACAGGAAACACACACAGGCUCCCCCAGCGCUCAAACACUCACUUAGCUCUCUCUUUGUCUCUCACACACUCCUACAGGGAAACACACACAGACACCGGCAGCACUCACAAAGGAACUGGAGGAUGGCUGUGUCCAUGAGACGAAUGAAUGGGUCCUGGCGAGGGUUGACUCUAGCCCUGGUUCUCUGUGCUCUGUUCCUACACAAUGGAGUUCAAGCAGUUGACCCCACUGAUUCCACUGCUGCACCUGAUACGGUUAUCACAGAUGCCUCCAGCUCUGUUGCAGAUAAUACAUCAGUACUCGAAGAUGCACCUUCCAACCCUACAGUCAGAAAUGGAGUUCAAGCAGUUGACCCCACUGAUUCCACUGCUGCACCUGAUACGGUUAUCACAGAUGCCUCCAGCUCUGUUGCAGAUAAUACAUCAGUACUCGAAGAUGCACCUUCCAACCCUACAGUCAGAAACGACACGGCCACUACUGUCGCCGACGCCACAGCCUACGACACUACUGGGGCCAGUGCUCCUGGAUCAGACCAGGACACUGCCUUCUCCUCCAUGGUGCCAACCAGUGACUUCUUAGCAGGAGGUGAAACUUCUGCAACCACGGCAGGACCUGGUGUACACACACAGGGCACUGAAGCAACUGAUGCACUGGUUGUACCCAAGACACAGGUUCUUGUGAAUCCCAAUGUUGAGUGUGUGGACAAGGAGGCAGUGAAGGACAAGGAUGCAGUCAAGGUGGAUCUUUCUUCAGAAACCAGCUGUUUGGAGACCAAAAGAAUCUUGGAGGAUUCAGCCUGGUGCGCAGGGGACUGCAACCUUCAAGUGUUCCAGGAAGAGAACUCUAACACAUAUCUUUUGACACGCGCUGAUGGUGGUGUUAAGGAAUUGUCAGAGAGCCUGGUCAGUGAAGGCAUCAAGGACCAGCUAGGUGUGGUGGAGGCAGCUCUUCAGUGGGGAACACACACUCCCAUUGUGCUGGUGCCCGUGAUCAUUACUGGCCUGCUGCUGGCAGCUGCCAUCAUCGGAUGCUACUAUAUGAAGAACUACCGUGGACACAACACCAAGGGCAUGAGGCUGGCUGAGGAGGCGUACCCAGUCGAUGAGGAGAACCACGGAAACACCCUGGUGUCUGUUGCCCCUCUCAACCCCCCUGAGAUCCUGGAGAAGCCUGCUAACGGGGACUCCCAAGAGGCCGCCAAGACCUAUCCCCCUCCCACCAACGGCCACUCCACCACCAAGACGGCAGACACAGAGCUUUGAAGACCCCCUAGAACACCUGGAAAAGAAUGGAUCAGAUCCCACACCCCUCCUCCAACACCAACCCUUCCCCCCCAGAACAUCCCCAGAGGCCCCAUCCUACCACGGACAUUAGGGACUAGAACUACCCCUCUUAACCCUCACAUAAACACUCCUUCAGACUUUCUGUGUGACCCACUUCGGCUACAUGCCUCAACAAUUCAAAUGGAGGGACAACCCCAUGGUAAAGUAACCAUAAGACUACAAUGAACAGGUGUUGAUGAUAAUGUGAAUGAUGAUGAUGAUGCCGAGGGCUGUGUUCCUGUCCCUGGGUUGCGGACGUCAUACAGGGCUGGAGACUGGGCCAGGGUUAGUACUGGGUGGUGGGGAGGGAGGGUUUUGUGUUGUCAAUCACCAGUGGCUCUAAGACUGCAGCAUGGGUCACAUCAACCAUGUAGUCAUUUUCAAUGCCCAGGAGGGGCCCUGCCUUCACGUCAUCAGGUUUAAGGCUUCCUGACAUAAAUCCUUUAACCAUAAAUUGAAGCACUGCAUCACUACCACUCACAUUGGUCCUCAGUUGAUCAUAAAAAGGAGAAAAUAACAUAACACAUUCUUGAAUCUGUUUACAAACUUAUCCGAGUGGAAGCUGAGCUAGUUUGGUUAUGUUUGUGUUAUUGUGUUCUGUGUGUGCGUGUGCGUGUGCGUGUAAGGAGUGUUGCUGUGCGUGUAAAAGCAGUGUGUGUUUGUGCUUGUUUUCUGUGUGUACAGGCGGAUGUGUGUUGGCAUGUGAGUGUGUGUGUCUGUGCGAGAAUGUACAUGUGUGUCACCCCAAAAAAUAUAGAAUACAAUUUAUUAAAAUAAGCAGACAAGGUGAUUGCUUGGGGAGAAAGGUCCCUCGUAGUGACCUGGAGAGGGGUCUUCUUUUGGUGCUUAAUCUCACUGUAUCAAUCUAUAGGAGACGAAGCAGGAAGGAAUUCUCCCCUUCAUUACUGCAAGUUCAACCCAGAUAAGCCAAUGGCCUGACAGAAGUUAGAAAAA